AUGUCGGCAGAGUUGGACAAUUCAAAAGCCAGUCCUUCCCGAUUCUACACCUGGAGUGCAGCAAACUAUGCAAAGGCCAGCUUUGCUGCCCUUCCAGAGGAUGUGGCGUCCUCCUGUGUCACUGUCACAAAGCAGAAGCUCUCGGUGGCAGACUACCCCGCGCUCUCUCUCGUUGUCGUUGCUCAGGUCAAAACGUGGUUUCAGAAUCGCAGAGCCAAAUGGAGGCGUCUAAAGCAGGAGAACCCCCAGGCCACCAAAAAAGAAGAAGUGGAAGGUGCUGACAGUCACAGUGACCAAAGGCCGGAGAGUUGCCCAACCCCCGAGCAGAAGGGUAAGGAGGUCUCCCUGGACGGCUCACAGUACACCCCCUCACCAGCCUCACAGGAGGACCUGGAGUCAGACAUCUCUGAUGACUCUGAUCAAGAAGUGGACAUUGAAGGGGCUGGUUUGAAAGAAUAUUAUACUACAGGAGAAAACUUUCACCGUUCCACUGAAAGAAAAAAACAACCACCAAAUAGACUGAUUUUGUAAUAAGCAAAGAAAGAAAUAUGUAUUUUCUGCAAACAGUCCAUUUUUGGCAGAUCUCUAAUUUGGUUAAAGGAACAUGGUUUGUAUUUAAUUAUUUGUAAGAUAUAUUUGUACAUUAAUCGAUGUUCUAACUGGAAUACAAUACUGCACCCUGUCCUUACUCAUGGGAGGUCUGAAUCAGCUGCUGUUGGUGAUCAGGCAAAACUCCUCUCCAGGUAGCAUGGAAGUGAGUAUGGAUUGCAGGACUAAGCCCUUUGUAUGUGUAAACAAAUGUAGUUUAAAUAGAUUAAUUUAAACACCUUUUGCAAGCAGAGAAAUAUGUUCUGUGAAAUAGGGAUUUGACCAUCCCUACAAGUGCCUUAUGCUCACAUCCUUUUACCUGCUGUGGUGCUCUCCACCGAGACAUUCCUCCGUUCAUCAGGUAGAGUCUUUGGACAGAUUCAUUGUUGCUUUUGUGUGAGAUGAAAUGUGCCUUCUCAGUUUUUUGAGGACUUCUCCCCACAAUCUGGAUUGGUUCCAUUUGCAGGAAAAAAAACCCCGUAUUUUUCUCUUUGAAAAUCUCCAGAGCUGUUUUUUACAGAUUUCAUAUUUGAGAAGAAAAUGAAGGGAGUGAUAGGGUCCUGCUGCAGGGGAGAAACUGUCAUCAGCUGGGGGGGAUAAGUAAGUGAGGCACACAGCCGUGCAAAGAUAAUGCCUAUUGUAUACAUAUCUGCUUCUGUACAUAGUAGUUUUCUCUAGAAGUCUCGGUUUUAUACCUCACGUUGUUCAUAUUUUGUACAUAUUUGUUCAAUGUUAAAAAA